AUGCGUGCAUGUAUCCAGGAACUCGUUGAUUUGUCGAGCUGGGAAUCCGAGUGUGUCGUUGCUGAGACGAUGGUGGAGCAUUCCUACUCAGAGGGUCGAUGUGAAGUCUAUAUUUACGCUGGCAGAGGUGCUGGGAAAGAGAGCAUCAGACGUACUGAAGAACUGGCCAAAGAUGUUUUGGGUCCCCUGGGAUUCACAGUAUUCCGACUCAGCUGUCGAGAGCUUCUCGAUGGGGGAUGGACGAAUAAUUGCCGUCUUCUGAUCAUACCCGGAGGAGCAGAUUCACCAUGGGUUCAGGAUCUUAAUGGGAAAGGCUGCCGAUUAAUCCGCACCUUCGUUGAAGAUGGUGGAUCAUUCCUCGGGACAUGUGCAGGAUCCUACUUCGGCUCUAGUGCUUGCGUGUUUGACAAGGGUGGGCCUUUAGAAGUGCUCGGCCCCAGAGAGCUCGCCUUCCACACAGGUCCGGCGGUGGGUCCUCAUUUGGCGGCAUACGAAUAUGAUUCAAAUUGUGGCGCACGAGCAGCUGAGCUGGUCGAUGAGGGCAGUGAUGACUCUGAGUUUCCUAGAGGACCCAUAUUUGCGUAUUUCAACGGUGGGCCGAGUUUUCCCUCCUCGCAGUUUCCUCGAGACUGUCGUAGUGAAGUCCUCUACCGCUACGCCUCUAGUGGUGAGCCUGCUAUAUUGAGGUGCCCUGUUGGGAGUGGGAAGGCCAUACUCUCCGGAGUCCACUUUGAGGUGCUGCCCGAGGAGCUCGCAGAGUUGAAUGACGAGGAUCUCACGAAACAUGGAGUAUGCGAAUCCAUGUUCCGCACAGAGAAGAAAUUGAAGAUACUUGCCCGCCAGUUGCUUCUUGAUCUUGUUCAUAAUCCUACCAAGUAGCACAGAAGUAUUUCACAGCUUUUCUCA